AUGGCUGAUAUUAAGAAGACCGAAGAGUUAAAUAAACAAAUAGAAAAUGAGGAGGAAGAUGAGGAAAUUGAUGGUGUAGGAGAAACAGACCCUAAGGACCCUGCCAAGAAGAAAAAAAAGAAGAAGAAGAAGAAGAAGGCAGCGAAAACUGAGAAUGCAGUUGUUAAUAAUGAGGUUGGCGAGCCAGAAAAGAUUCAAGCUCCUUCAACAGAUGAAAAUGCUGCCGAGGGAGCCGAGAAGAAAAAGAAUAAUAAAAACAAAAAUAAAAGUACGGGCAAAGUGCAAACAAACCCUCCAACAAUUCCAAUUGCUGAACUUUUCCCUGAUGAAAAUUUCCCUGAGGGCCAAAUAAUGGAUCAUGGACCUGCUGAAGGUAUUGACGAGAGAACUGCGAAAAAUCGGUUUUCGAGUGAAGAGAAAAGAGCUUUAGACAGAAUGCAUAAUUAUAUCUACAAAGAAAUUAGACAAGCUGCAGAAGCUCAUAGACAGACACGUAAAUACAUACGUGAUUGGAUAAAACCAGGUAUGACUAUGAUACAAAUCUGUGAAGAACUAGAAUCUACAGCCAGGCGUCUUAUUGGAGAAGAUGGUUUGAAGGCAGGAUUAGCUUUCCCCACUGGUUGCAGUCGUAAUCAUUGUGCUGCACAUUAUACACCAAACACAGGUGAUAAUACAGUACUGGAGUAUAACGAUGUGGUGAAAAUAGAUUUUGGUACGCAUAUAAAUGGGCGUAUAAUUGAUUGUGCAUUCACUUUGCACUUCAAUCCACGAUACGAUGCUCUGGUCAAGAGUGUGCAGGAAGCUACUGAGGCGGGCAUUAAAGCUUCUGGCGUAGACGUCAGGUUAUGCGACGUGGGAGCGGUUGUGCAAGAGGUGAUGGAGUCUUAUGAGGUAGAAUUAGAUGGUCAGACAUAUCAAGUGAAACCUAUUCGCAACCUCAAUGGUCACUCCAUUGGACCGUAUCGCAUUCACGCUGGUAAAACUGUACCAAUCGUGAGGGGGGGAGAAACAACGCGGAUGGAAGAGAAUGAGUUCUACGCUAUAGAGACGUUCGGCUCCACCGGCCGCGGGCAAGUGCAUGACGAUAUGGAUUGCUCUCAUUAUAUGAAGAAUUUCGAUCAACCAUUUGUGCCUUUAAGGUUGCAAUCAUCGAAGCAACUGUUGAACACAAUAAACAAGAACUUCGGUACGCUGGCGUUCUGCAAGCGGUGGCUGGAGCGCGCGGGCGCCUCGCGCUACGCCAUGGCGUUGAAGGACCUCUGCGACAAGGGCGUGGUGGACGCCUACCCGCCCCUCUGCGACGUCAGGGGCUGCUAUACUGCGCAGUUUGAGCACACUAUCCUACUCCGCCCCACUUGUAAGGAGGUGGUCUCCAGAGUGGUGGCCCCGUGG